AUGUGCAAAGUGUUUGCAAUGACUUUGCAAGGAGCAGCUCAGGAUUGGUUCCAUACCCUGCUAUCAGGGUUAAUCAACAACUUCAAGAAGCUUGCUUAUGUUUUUACCAAAGAGUACACUUCUUACCAGAUGAUAAAAAAGAACCCUGACCACUUGUACAACCUAGGCAAGAAGCCCGACAAAUCCUUUCGAGCUUACAUCAAGAGAUUCAAAGCCAAAAAGGUCAACAUCGUAGGAUAUGAUAACCGAAUCGCAUCCUCUGCAAUCAAGAAAGGUCUUCCAGCAGAACACGAGUUAUACCGUGAGUUGACUAUCACUCCCAGCCAGACUCUGGUAGAGGUUUUCACGACUGUGGAACGCUACGCGUUCUGGGAUGAUGAUCGAAUCGCCUCGAAGAUGUCUACUGAGCAUGAAGAUCUGCCGACUAAGUGA